GACAUUUUCCAGAAAAUCAAGAUUCCAUUUCAUUGCAUCAACAAUGAAAAAAGUUCUAUUUUUGUAUUUAAUGUUCAAAUUUAAUGUGGAAUAUAAAAUUAAUAUUCGCAAAAAAAUUGAUGAUAAAAUUCAAGGAAUUUAUUAUUUUACGCCCAGUAAUGAUGCCCAUGAUUCAUUAUUUAAUAACCACGAUAAAGACCAAUUUAUAGAAAAAGUGAUGAUUGAAAACAUAGAAUCUAAAUCCAACCAAUUUAAUUUUCUUAGCAUGAAUGAAAAUGAUCCUAAUAUCAAAAAUGAUAAAUCAGAAUUUGUGAAAAAAAGGUGUAUUGAAGUGGACCAGCUAAAUGAACUUUCGAUAAAUUACUUAAUCGAUGACAAUAUUAAAAAUAAUAAAAAAGAAUGUUUAGUUGAAUCAUUUAAUUACUAUCUGAAAAAAGACCUAAAUCAACUAUCACUAUGUAACAACCUAGAAAAUUUAGACGAUCAUUUGCAGAAAAAUUUUGAUAUCGAGAUUCAUCCACUUUGUAAUAAUCUAGAAAUAGAUCAUUAUCAACAGAAAAAUUUAGCAAAUCUAUUUAAUCAUCUUUGGUAUUUUAUUAAGGAAUUCAUAAAAGAUCAUGAUAUUACUCAUCUGAAAAAAUUGAGAACGAAUGCAAUUAAUCUCGGAUUAUUCUAUAUUCAUCAAAGAAAUGUAAUGAUUGGGACAUGCACUUAUCUUCUACCAUCUGCUCAUUCUCCAAGAGCACCGAAUAUUUGUGAUCUAAUGGAAAGUCAACUGAACUAUCGUUUAUUUCAGAAUGUUGUUCGCAUGGGGUAUUGCUAUAAAAUGAUUAAUGAGUCAUUUAUAGCAAAAUCCCGAAUAUUAUCAAAGAAUGGUUUAAACGACGAAGCUCCAAUCGAUUUUUCAGUUUAUAUUCUUUGGCUCAAGAUGACAGGAGCUGAUGGUUUUUGA